AUGACGAAGCGCACAAAGAAGGUCGGAAUCACCGGAAAAUACGGUACCCGUUACGGUGCCUCGCUCCGCAAGCAGGUCAAGAAGAUCGAAAUCUCCCAGCACGCCCGCUACACAUGCACAUUCUGCGGCAAGGUCUCCGUCAAGCGCAACGCGACCGGUAUCUGGGACUGCAAAUCAUGCCACAAGACCAUCGCCGGAGGAGCAUACGUUGUGUCGACACCCGCGGCCGCUGCCACACGAUCAACCAUCCGACGUCUGCGCGAGAUUGCUGAGGUUUAA